UUUGUGUAAUUAUUCAAUCAAAAUGGAGCAGUCCCAACCCCCGACUAAGCCAGUGCAUCAGCUUUUGUCUAAGCUUGGCAGCUUUGUGACCAUAAUGAGUUAUUAUGGAUAUCAUGAUGAGGCGUAUUUUCUCUGCAGGAUUCUUUGCAAAAUGACAGCCGAAUCUAUCCAGAAGUACAAAAAUAUGCUAAACCUAUGCACUGAGAAGAAGACAAUCUAUAUUAGAAAUAAGAAUAGCUUCAUAUUGGAAUCUGAGUUGAAACUUAACUGUAUCAACAUGUUUAAAUUUGAUUUGGAGCUUCGUUCAUUUGCUUCAUUGACCCAUUUGAAUGAUCUUCUGUUGGAUUUGAAAGCAAUAAAGGAACAGGAUGAGAGAAAAUAUAAACUAGCAGUUACCCAAGGGAAGAAUCCCAAUAAACUAUCUUAUGUUUCUGAAGAUUAUAUCCAUAUUGAUAAAGUUCAUAAUGUGACUCUCAGAGCACAGGAGGCUGUUUAUAAUAAUCUCCAAGUGGUUUCUCCAACCACAUUCCAGAUUCCAUAUCGAUUCAUUCCAACAAUAAAGCAGAUCAACAGUACAGAAGUUAUGGGAAAUAGAAGAUCAGACAUGGAUGAUGAACAAGUGUUUAAUAUAUUUAUGAUCAAUCACUAUCUUUCUCACAGUAAUACUUCAUAUAACCCUGAAAUUGAUAUUGUUGAAAUUAAGCCAAAACACGACAAAAAUUCAGAUUUGUUCUUCUCUUUAGAAUCUUUCCUCUGAAACGAGAAUCAUGAAUCCUCUAGGAUCAUUAUUUUAGACUGUUGUGAACCUCUUGAGGACAUUGAGGAGAAUUUUUGCAUGAAUGCCAAGUUCCAGCAAUACCUUAAGUACUUUCAUUUGCAUGGAGAGUAUGACUAUGUUCAACUCUUUAAAGAUAUAUGAAAUAGUGAGCAGCACUUUGAAUCACUCAGAGAGGUGUUGGUAACUUCAAAGUUUAAAAAUGACUCAUUGAUCAAAGAGUUAUACUCUAAAGGCUGCAAAAAAAUCUCUGGCCAUCUUCCAAGUUUUACAAGAGGAGUUAUCGUGAACGAGAAAUUUUCAGAGAUUAUGAGAAAGCAGCCAUUGCAUUAUUUUGAUGAUAUCGAAGCUAAGUUUGUUGGCCUCCAAUCAACAGAUAACUUCGAUAGCUUCAAUGUUAUUACUGUCGAUCAGGAAUUUGAGAUUGUCACUAAAGGAGAAAGAAUAACUGUAAGCCUAGAGAAGCAUGCUAGGUUUGUAGCAAGUAAAAUCUUCACAACAUUAUCUAAUACUAUCAUGUUCAAACCAGAUUUGUUAUUUGAAUUCAAUACCAAGAUUAGUUCUAUCAAUAAGCAAAAGAAUUAUGAAGGAUCUGGUGAUGAAUUAUUUAUCGAAGUUAAACUCAAGCAUGUUCAUUCAGUUGAUAUGGUACUUGACGGAUCUGACAUUACUUCACAAGCAUCUAUGGCUAAGCUGACAGAAACCUUCGCUUCGUCGAAUCCAAAGACUAAGUGCAGACUUCAGAUAUUUAAAUUCAAUGAAGGGUCAUAUUCUGAAGAUCUGCAGCCAUUCUGCCACAUAAAGUCUUUGAGGUUGGUAAAAUGUCACCCACUUGUGACUGAAAUUGUUUCUGAUGAAAACUACAGAGUAAUGUCAGAGUUAGAGAUAUUUGAUUCUCCAAUCAACUUCCAUAAAUUCACUGACAAAUUUGGCAAGUUCAAACUUAUUGACACUCUCAUGGUCAAACUUUUGACUGGAAACACAGCAAUAGUGUCGUUCCAUGAAGGAAUCAUUCCAUUCUUAUCAGAAGGGAAUCUGCCGAACUUAAAACAUUUGGAUAUUUUCAUCGGAAUGUACCAUGGAGUCAGUGGAGUAGGAGAAUUCCUGUCUAAUAAAGCUGGUAAGAAACUAUAUAUGGAGGGCUACUUCGACAUGCUUGAUGCCUUCCUCAAGAAGAGCUCAAGACUCAGAUUUGUAAAGUACAACGAUCAGCUAGAUCCUCAUGAAUGCACGUCUCGUUCUAGAUAUAUUGAUGUUUCAGAGCACCCAAAAUCGAGAUUCAUUGAAAUUAUUUCAUAG